GAGGGUCCGGCCAGGCGGCCCCCGGUCGUGACGGCAGCGACACCCCAGAACGCGUCCAGGUCACUUUGUGUCCUUGGGUAGUUGGCUAUUUGCGCUGCCCUGUUGACUUUUAUUGCAUACAGAACUGUUUUCGUUUAGUUGUGUGUAACUUUAUUUCAACAAUGAAGGAGUGGAAAGUAACAUCUCAUUUUUUUUUCUGUAAAACAGAUUAAAGAUCAAAUUAAAAUGUUGUGAAUAUAUUUUAAUUUUAUAAGUUGGAACAUGCCUCACCAAAAAAAAAUCUGUUUCUUUGGGAGGAAGAGGAUGUUUUGAACUAUUUUGCGUUCCUCUACUCCAGGCCAUAAUAGGCACUCCUGUAAUGGUUGGAUUUUUUACCUGGUAGCUCAAGGAAGUCAGAGUGUCAACGUUACAGUUUUUCAGGUUUUUGGCUACUGAUGUUACAGACGAUACAAUAUUGGAGCAUAGAGUUGAAGAAAAGACUCAAACCAGGUUUGUAUUUAAUUAGUUAAAAAUAUGGAUCCCGAAACAAGAGGACAAGAGAUUAUCAAAGUGACACCUCUUCAACAAAUGCUUGCCUCAUGUACUGGAGCUAUACUGACAUCACUAAUAGUGACACCCCUGGAUGUUGUUAAAAUUAGACUCCAAGCCCAAAACAACCCACUCCCCAAAGGAAAAUGUUUUGUAUAUAGUAAUGGACUCAUGGAUCAUCUAUGUGUCUGUGAAGAGGGAGGCAACAAACUGUGGUAUAAGAAGCCAGGAAAUUUCCAGGGAACAUUGGAUGCCUUUUUAAAAAUCAUUCGAAAUGAGGGCAUUAAAUCUCUAUGGAGUGGCCUUCCUCCUACCCUAGUGAUGGCAGUUCCUGCCACAGUUAUUUAUUUUACCUGCUAUGAUCAAUUAAGUGCUCUUCUGAGAUCUAAGUUAGGAGAAAAUGAAACCUACAUACCAAUUGUUGCUGGAAUUGUAGCCAGAUUUGGUGCAGUAACUGUGAUAAGUCCACUAGAAUUGAUUAGAACCAAGAUGCAGUCCAAGAAGUUUUCUUACAUGGAACUGCAUCGAUUUGUCAGCAAGAAAGUAUCUGAAGAUGGUUGGAUUUCCCUUUGGAGGGGCUGGGCUCCUACUGUUCUUAGAGAUGUACCUUUCUCAGCAAUGUACUGGUAUAACUAUGAAAUUUUAAAGAAGUGGUUAUGUGAGAAGUCUGGUUUAUAUGAGCCAUCAUUUAUGAUCAACUUUACUUCAGGGGCAUUGUCUGGUUCUUUUGCAGCUGUUGCAACUUUACCAUUUGAUGUAGUAAAAACACAAAAGCAGACACAACUUUGGACAUAUGAAAGUCAUAAAAUUUCUAUGCCUUUGCAUAUGUCAACCUGGGUUAUAAUGAAGAACAUUGUUGCUAAAAAUGGAUUUUCCGGAUUAUUUUCAGGCCUAAUUCCUCGCUUAAUUAAAAUUGCUCCUGCUUGUGCCAUUAUGAUCAGUACAUAUGAAUUUGGAAAGGCUUUUUUCCAGAAACAAAAUGUUCGAAGGCAGCAGUACUAGUGAUGCUGUUUCAACUUGAAACAACAACUAUAACCAAAGAAGAUGGAGACUGUUAGGCAAGAAUGUUUUUCACCAUUAUUCUCUUACAAUGAUUUUAUGUCUUUCUUUCCUAUAAUUUAAAUAAAUGAUUUCAGCUCUACCUCUAAACCAUAAUUUUAAAAUAAAUUUUAUCCUAUUUUUGGUGAUACAGAAAAUAAUAUUCUAGAAAUCACCACCAUUGAGCAUUCUUGUAAAAAUAAGACAAAUUACUCCUUAGCAUCAAAAGCAAUCUCUGAGAGUUUAAUAUUGUAUGUUUCAGUGUAACAUAAUCUUAAUGGGAGUGUGUCGGAUACACAAGAACUUUUUGAAUUGUGUGCUGAAUGAUGUACGUAGUCUAGAAAAAAAAAGCCCAAGUCUUGUGCACAUUUAAAUCAUGUACAUAGGUAUUUCUGUAUUUCAGUAAAGUAAGGAAGGCAGUCGUUAAAUAGCAUUGUUCACAUUGACCAAAUAUUGCCUGUUUCCUUUAAUUCAAAUGCAUUAGGUUCCCGCCUCCCUGUCCCACCCCGCCAUGUUGCUGUUUUAAGGCUUCACAUGUAUUAAGAUUUCUUUGAUCAAAAUUGUGGCUGUUCUCCUUAUGAACCAUAAUAUAAUCAUUUGUGUGAUGUACAUUGUGCCAUUUUUGAUGACUAAAUGUCUGUAUUUCUGCUGUUCCUGUAAGAGAGGGAGUUUUUUACUGAUAGUAGCAAAUGUUCACUUCAGCCAAACUUGGGUGUUCAGUGGUAAAUUAUAUAGUAUUUAGACUGGUAAAAAUAGUUUGCACACAGGAAUAGCCUCCGAUUUUUAGCCAUCUUGUAAUCCAAGUAUCAUUGUUCACGGAAUUCUCUAGGUCAUUUUUAUUGUCUUGUUCUAACAAGACAUUAUUGCUACAAUAAUAGUUACAAAAUAUUUCUAAAAUAUCCUUUGAUUUUUACACUAAGUAUGGUAGAGUAAGAGGCUAAACAAGAAGCUGUUUCCUUGAAGACAUUGCUUUCAGUCACCGUACAUGUCUAAAUACUUUAGCUUAUCAUUCAUUGUAUGUAGGAAUGAGAUAAGAAAGGAUAUAAUGGCAGGAAAAGAAAUGCUAUUCAUUUUUUAUACUUUAGUUUUAUUUUCUUAGGAUCUAUAUCCUUUAAAAAGAAAACAGCACUUUAUUGCAGUCUUUAUUUUAGGAAAAUGUGAAGCAUUUUUUUCCUCUCCUAAAAUGAAUAGAUGACAAGUCUUUAGUGCUGGUAGAGGAACUAAUUGAUUUUGUACUAUAGUAGGAAAGUAUAACACCAGAAAUAAAGUAUAUAGGGUUUGCAUGUAAUCUUCUGUGUUUAUUUUAUCCUAUGUUGAUUUACCUUAAAUUUGCAACAUAUCCAUAUAAAUAUUCAUGACAUUCUUUUAUUUCAUUAAAAUGUUUAUGCCUUCUUAAAAUCAUCACUGUGCUUCUAAAUAUUUUUAUAUAAAAUCAUUGUAUAAUGCUGUACUGUGAUAUAUAUAUGAAAGUUUAUCUUGAACAGUGCUCUUUAACAAUAUUAAAUUUAAAUUUAUCUUAGUUUUGCUAUGCUUAUGGAUAAUUCAUAGAAAAAAAGCAGAAAAAGUUAAUACUGUUCCCAAAAGGCAGUUACAUAUUUCAGUUUAAUAUCACCUGUAAGUAUGAGAAAGGUUUCCAUGUCUCCUACCCCUCACUGCACUUAGGAAAAUUCUUACUUAUGAAUAAAGUAAUAUAAGUAAAUCUAAAUGCCUAGUAGUUUUUCUAACACAUACUACAUGCAAUGUAUCUGGAUGAAAAGAAGGCUGAAUUGAAGCUUUCUUUAUACUUAAGAGGUAAAGAAACAUUAAUACUUUUAGAAUUCUGAACCAAAAAGGGUUCAGAAUUUUGCCAUAAUUAAUUUGUAUUAAAAUAGUACCUAGAAAAAUUCAGUCCAUGGAAUAGCUAAAAUUUUAAAAUUUUAAUUUGCUUCCAGAGUUCUGAUAAAAUAAUUGAACCAUAAUUGGCACGAUGAAUAUUCCCAGGUUUUACAUCAGUAUUCAAAUAUAACUCUCAGCCAUGUGGGCUUUCCAGACUUUCCAGUACAUAUGUUGCAGGAAUUGCAGUAUUUGUAAACAUGCGCCACAACAGUGUUCUUGGUGAUGUUUCUUAAACAGCUUUUAUUCUAUUAACGUUAAAUUUUCUAACAUAAACAUUUAGUUGAUUAAAUGUAAAAUUUUAAGAAGGAACAUCUUUAAUUUUAAAUAUUAGAUGAUUGCAACCUUUAAUACAUGUUUGACUUUUUUUAAAAGGCAAUUUUUUUUCUUCUUUUUCUAGGAAGACUAUUCACGAUGGUUAUUUAACUGCAUGUGUUUUUUAAAAUUUUCCCUCUUGGAACAACAUCUACUGGGGUCUGUCAAAGGGUGGAGAGUGGGAGGAGGGAGAGGGACAGGAAAAAUAACUAAUGGGUAUUAGGCUUAAUACCUGGGUGAUGAAAUAAUCUGUACAAUAAACCCCCAUGACACACAACUUUACCUAUAUACAAACCUGCACAUGUACCCCUGAACUUAAAAUUAAAAACAAAUUCUUCCCUCUUUUUGUCUUGGGCACAAGUGUUUGGGAUGUGGACAAGUUUAUUGUAUCCCUUUUGAAUUUUCUUCUAAGAUGAACUUUUUAAAUAAAAUAUUACUGCUUUUAUAUUU